CAAAUAUGAAGUAUUCUUCCUUCUCUCCAUCAGAGAAAAGGCAAAAACCGCGUUUGAAACGCAGUGGGAAGACGAAGAAAAAUUGACGAAGUUGGGGCUUUUCUUUCGUCUUUCUUUCCAUUGUUAUCAUUUCAAGCAGUUUCGAUUACGCAUUGACCGUUUCAUUGUAUUCACAUUUCCCUAUCGCUAUAACUAUCAACCUGUAUUUCAUUUUCAAGAAAACCACAAAGAAAGCCCAUUCAUUUCCUUCUUGGCGUUUUUGGAAGCGAAAGCCAUAAAUGGUUCAGUUCCGAUUAAGCGCCGCCGUUUUACUAAUUCUAGUUUCGCUUCUGUUACCGCCGUUUUGUCUGGGUAUCCGGUCGUUUCGGCUUAGAGUCGUCGACGGUGGGGAUGGAUUGGGGCCGGGCCUCGACGGGUUGGCCCGAUUCGAUGAGGCGCCGGACUACCGUAACGGAGCGGAGUGCCCCGUGUCGACCAACAGAGAAUACGCGUCGUCGUGUGACACAUCGUUGGUCCACAUCGCGAUGACUUUGGACUCGGAGUAUUUACGUGGCUCCAUGGCAGCUGUUCACUCGGUUCUGCGACACGCCUCGUGCCCAGAGCACGUGUUCUUCCACUUCAUCUCGGCGGAGUUCGACCCGGCGAGCCCACGGGUCCUGACCCAACUCGUCCGAUCCACGUUCCCUUCGCUCAACUUCAAGGUCUAUAUCUUCCGCGAGGACACCGUGAUCAACCUCAUCUCCUCGUCGAUCCGGCAAGCCCUCGAGAACCCGUUGAACUACGCGAGAAAUUACUUGGGUGACAUUCUGGAUCAGUGCGUGGACCGCGUCAUCUACCUGGACUCGGAUGUCAUCGUGGUCGACGACAUUCACAGGCUCUGGAGCACCAAGCUCACCGGCUCCCGGGUCAUCGGGGCGCCCGAGUACUGCCACGCCAACUUCACCAAAUACUUCACGGACUCGUUCUGGUCCGACCCGUUGCUAUCCCGGGUCUUCGCCUCGCGAAGUCCGUGUUAUUUCAACACCGGCGUGAUGGUGAUGGACCUGGUGAGGUGGAGAGCAGGUAACUUUAGGAGGAGGAUCGAGAAUUGGAUGGAAUUGCAAAGGAAAAGAAGGAUCUACGAUCUGGGUUCGCUCCCACCGUUCUUGCUAGUGUUCGCCGGGAACGUAGAGCCCAUUGAUCACCAGUGGAACCAGCACGGUCUAGGCGGCGACAAUGUCAAGGGUAGCUGCAGGUCUUUGCACCCCGGUCCCGUCAGCUUGCUGCACUGGAGUGGGAAGGGCAAGCCCUGGGUUCGCCUCGAUGCCAAGAAGCCCUGCCCGCUUGACAGUCUUUGGAAGCCAUACGAUCUUUACAGAGCAAAGGAUCAGCCUUCUGGGUUCUCCUCUACGGCGUCGUCUCCGGCAUUGGUUGGGUAUUCGGGUUACUAGUUCUGAUUCUUUGGUACAUUGUUCAGAGAAUUCUUUGUUAGCCGUGUACAGAUUGGUUUAGAGGGGUUUGGGGAGGACUGGAGGAGGAUUGGUGGGGUUCUGUUGGGUUUUCCAAUUUUUUCUAUAUUCUUUUUUUUUUUUUUUUUCCCCUUCUUGUUUCCAUCCUUUUGAUUUCUUGGUUCAAUUCUUGUAUUUACAUCUGAGAUCUCGAUUCCUAUUCUUGGAGUUCCAAUUCUUUGGAACAAUUUUGCUGGGUUGAAAAGAAUUUCUUUUCAUGUAAAAUGUAAUGGGUCUCUGGAAAGACACUCUUGGGGAGGAGAAGAAUAAUAAAUGGUUUCCCAUAUUCAAGUUUCCAA